UCUGCCAUUAAAAAUUAAAUAUGUAUAUUUACCAACAAGCCGUGUGCGUGUGUUGAUUGCGUGCUGUUGACCAUCUCAACUACCAGCAGUGCCAUAGAAUAUAAACAACACUGGCAUCACACUGCUUAAGUGAGCAAAGCGGUAUAUUCAUGUUUUCCAGAUGCGGCCACACUGCAUAGAAUAUAUAAACAAAUAGAACCAUUGCGUAAAAAAAAUGCGAGUGCGCGGGUGAAUCAUCGUUAUUACCAAUAUUAACACAUGUGUCAGGCGCGCCAACAAUAACGUCAACAGCAACAGCUGAGUACAAGAAACUAUGUCGACAGACGUAGCCGCGGAUCCGCUGAAAUGUGCAGCGGAAUGUGCCCAACUGCUGGAAUUCAAGGAGUUUCUGGCCUCAACAGCCGCCAGCAGCGAACUGACCUCUGGCAAUGAACUCACGCGCAAUGGAAAUUGUGUAACGCGCAGCAGCAAUGACACUUACAAGGUGAGCGCCGACGAAAAGCGCGCCGAAAUCAUAUCAGCCAUUUGGAAGCAGCUUACUGCAAGAGGAUGCCCGCGCGCAUUCCAGCUUAAGCUGCUGCACGCGGCCACCGCGCAACUGGAGCAGGAUAUCAGCCAUGCCAAGGAGCUGGAGCUGACGGAAGUGGAUGUCAGUGAGCCGCCGCAAUAUGAUCUAUUGAAAUUGCAAAAAUUUGUCAGCAAUCAGCUGGACAAGUUGCUGCUCAAGUUGACCGACAAUGCGGCCAUGGAAAAGCUACAGUUUUAUGCCGACGACGAGGCUCUGUGCGAGCAGCCUCUGUGCUGUCCAUGCGCCAUUCAGCCUGCUGCGCCGGCGCACAGUGCGUCCGCUGUUAAGAAUAAGCCGCGCAAAAUGGAGGAUCGUCAUGUGUGCCUGGAACGCUUUGGUGCCAUGUAUCAGCUGGGCGAGCACAGCGACAGCCGUUUCUUUGGCGUCUUUGAUGGCCAUUCCGGCGCACUGUCCGCCUGCUAUGCAACCAGCCAAUUGCCACAACUGUUGGCCGUGCAACUGCAGCGCAACCGAUUGCCCGACGAGAGCGACGUGGAUUUCUAUCGCAAUGCGUUCGAGAUGGCUUUUCUGCAGGCCGACGAACGUUUUGCCCGUAAACGCAUCACCAGCGGCACGACCGCCGUCUGUGCCCUGAUCAACAGCGAUCGCCAGCAGCUGUAUGUCGCCUGGGUGGGCGACUCCAAGGCAUUGCUGGUGGGCAAGCGCACCCAACUGCAGCUGGUGAAGCCGCACAAGCCCGAGGCGGUCGAUGAAAGGCGCCGCAUAGAACUGAGCGGCGGCAGCGUCAUCCAUGCCCAGGGCCAAUGGCGUGUCAAUGGCAUACUGAAUGUGGGUCGUUCCAUUGGCGACUACAGCCUCGAAGCGGUCAUUGCGGAGCCCGAUUUCGUCGAUGUGCCGCUGACUGAAGCACAUGAUUUUCUGGUACUCGGCAGCGACGGGCUGUGGGAUCAUGUGCCCGAACCGUUCAUUGUGGACACUGUCUACGAGUGCCUCGCCGAGGUGACAACCAAAUUAGACGACAUUCCCAAACUGCUUGUGGAGGCUGCCAAGGAGCGUGACUCGCAGGAUAAUAUCACCGUUGUCCUGGUGCUGCUCAAGACGCGCGAACAAAUCAAUCAACGUUAAUUCAAUCGAUUGAGUUUUUGUUUGUAAUUGUUAUUCUGCAUUUGUUGUCUGUUUUUCCAUUUAUAUAUUUUAUUUGUAUUUGUA